AAAAUUUCUCAUCCAUAACCGUGAACGCCUCCCACGAAAUCCCUAGUAUGCCAGCACAAAAACGUAAAUCAGACGCCGAGGAAGCGUCAUCUUCAAAGAAAUCACGCACUUCUCACUCCUCUGCGAAAGCGCUCAUCAAAACCAUUCUUGCUCACCCUGACACAUACCCGAUCCCAGAUGACGACGAGGAUAUCCGUCAGUCCCUGGUCGAGUUGGCCCAAUACGCGAAAGAGCUUGAGCAGAAUCUUCAGCAAAGAGAGGCUGGUUCCACGCCCAAGGCUAUGAGUGCAGAUCAACUUGCCGCGGCUGUCGAGAAGAUCAGAAAGGCUGCCAACAGUGGUAUCAAGAAGCAGAUGACAUGGAAACCGUCGUGCAAGGCUGGCACUGCCAAGUGGUCCUACGAUGGCGUUUGCGCUGAUCCCGUUGUCUUUGGUACUAUGCUAGGCCUUGGUGGUCCACCAACGUGGAAAAUGCACAAGAUGCCCAUUGAUGACUUUGAAACACGCAUUGGUCACCUCGACGCGUCUGCCAGAUAUUCGCACCUCUACCUCAAAGGUCCGCACGUAAACAUCCGCUGGAGCGAUAGUGGAGAGUUCAAGUUUAGUGGAACAUAUGGCGCAUAGAUUACUCAUCGUCCUCCCUCACGAAUUUUUUGAAGAGUGCUCAACUACAGCUUCUUUCUUGGCACUGAUUGAUCCUAUAGGUACAUGCUUGUCCUGUAAUUUACCCUACACUGCUGUUACUCCCAUGAAUGGUUUACAAUAUUUUCAUUAGUAUCCCUGAUUCCCCUCGAGAGAUGAACCGGGAAGAACUUCGUGUCCAGAAAAAUUGGUCAUGGACUCAUGGCAAGGGAAUGCACUGUGCAGGCUCGGCGAACAAGACUUUUUUCUUUGGCAAAACAAGUCGCCAAAGGUUCCUAUUCGGGAGUCAUAAGUGUGGAGAGACAGUUGGGUGAGUAGAGUUUGAAAACAGUUGACCC